CGCUGCAGGGCCAACCCUCCUCGGGCUCUCUUUUGUUGGACCAUCAAACAUAAGCACCUUUGGAAAUCCCGAGGGGCUCAGAUGAGAAGCAGCAAUCAUCCUGCUCACGGAGCGAUCACUUAUCAGCGACGCAGCCAUGUCGAGGUCAUUUUAUGUUGAUUCUUUAAUAAUCAAGGAUACGGUGCGACCUGGACCAACUGAGCAUCCAGGACAAGACUUCCUUAUUCCAAUCAGCAUGCACUCUCCGAGCGUAAUGACUGUCACCGCUCCGGUGUGCCCCUCCAGGAAAAAUGGGACUUUCUGUGUUUGUCCACUGUGCGUCACAUCCCAUAUCCACUCUUCCCGCAGCGGCAUUCCCAUGCUGAAGAGUCAGUUUCCAGGAGCAGAGCCACAGUAUUGUCAGAGAAUAGCACAUCAGCAGUCUCCUUCACUCGCUCACCCUGGACAUACACCUGUCUGCACGCCCACCUUCAGCGUCACAGAUCCCAGGAGAUACCAUUGUCUCUCUAUUGGUGCCUCCGAGAAUAACCACAUACAGAAUGGCAAGAGGAUGCGCACGGCUUUUACAAGCACGCAACUCCUGGAACUUGAAAGGGAGUUUUCCACGAACAUGUAUCUUUCUAGACUCAGGAGAAUCGAAAUCGCUACAUAUUUAAACCUGUCAGAGAAACAGGUGAAAAUCUGGUUUCAGAACCGCAGAGUGAAGCACAAGAAAGAGGGUAAAGCCACCCAAAGAAGCGCGCACAGUGGUUGCAAGUGCACAACCAGCCACACAGACUAUUCAAGGUCAGAAGACGAGGAGUCUCUAUCUCCGGCCUCAGUCUCGGAAGAGAAAGAGGUGUCUCCCAUCUGAGAGCAACUCGACUCAACAAGUUCCACUGCUGGCGCGUCCUCUGCCCUGCUGCAUUUAUGGAUCACGGCAUCACCCAGCCCCUGAGCCAAAUAUCUGCUGCAUGAAGCCUGAGCAGAAGUUCUGAAAAUAUUAAUUGUUCUUCGCUUCAUGUUCUUUAUAAUGUUCAAAACAAAUGUUUAAUGUUUAAAACCAGUGUGGAUAGGUGUUCGUGAAAUAUUUGGGAACAUGACCAACUAUGUGACUGAUGUUAUGUGGAUCCCCUUGAGGUUCUCACCUACACUACCUUGUUAAUUAUCCCCAGUAAAUGAUUUCAGUUAUUGCCGGAAAUCCUUUUACAGUCAGUGACGUGUAGCACAGAAAACCCCAAGAAAUAGUAAAGGUCUGACGUGUAAACCCGAAACCUGUAUGUAACAAUUUGUAAACUUUGUAUAUCUGUAUUUAUUGUA